AUGAAUUUCACAAAACCUGAACAUUCAGACUUCUGUUACGAGUCUGUGAAUAGAUCUUGCCCGAAGAUCACCUACCCAACAGCGAUACGGAUUCCACUCUAUAUUUUUUUCAUCAUCAUCAUUGUUCUAACCAUGUGUGGAAACCUCCUUGUCAUUAUUUCUAUCGCUCACUUCAAACAGCUGCAGACUCCAACCAACUACCUCAUCCUUUCUCUGGCAGUGACUGACUUCCUUCUGGCAGUAAUCAACAUGCCUCCUAGCAUGGUGCGUACGAUUGAGACAUGCUGGUACUUUGGAGACAUGUUCUGUAAAAUCCAUACAAGUACAGAAGUAAUGCUGUGCACUGUAUCCAUUUUAAAUCUUUCUUUCAUUUCCAUUGAUCGAUAUUAUGCAGUUUGCCAGCCUCUCCACUAUCAGACCAAAAUCACCUCUUCUACUAUAGUUAUCAUGAUCCUGAUCAGUUGGAAGUUGUCCUUCAUCAUUGGUUUUGGAAUGAUAUUUCUGAAACUGAACAUUCGUGGUAUCGAAGACUUUUACAACAAUAACUUUUGUUUUGGAGGCUGUUAUAUUUUCCAUAGCAAGGCAUCUGCUAUUAUAUCUUCAGUCUUAGCUUUUUACAUACCAGGGCUCAUUAUGAUUACCAUCUAUCAGAAAAUCUUCCACAUUGCACUGAAGCAAGCCCGCUCAAUUCAAAGCACUGCAUGUCAGCACGUACAACCUGGAAACAGCACAUCUUCAAGCAACAUGGAGCGAAAGGCUACAAAGACUCUGGCAAUUGUUAUGGGGGUAUUCCUGUCAUGCUGGUUACCAUUUUUCAUGUGCAACCUAAUAGAUCCAAUAAUCAAUUAUUCUGUUCCACCUGUUUUGUUUGAGAUAUUUUUCUGGCUCGGCUAUUUCAAUUCAACAAGUAAUCCUAUUGUUUAUGCUUUCUUUUACAGUUGGUUUCGGAAAGCCUUCAAAAUGAUCAUUUCAGGCAAAAUAUUUGAAGCUCAUUCUUCAAGAACAAAACUGUCCACAGACUGA